AUGGACCGAGGAGACACUAAGCUCGUCAAGAAAAAUAAACAAAUAGCUUAUGCCUCUAGGCUUAGGCCAAUAAGGAGCAGCAGCAGCAGCAUCAGCAGCAGCAACUGCAGCAGCAGCACCACCAAGUACAGCAGCAGCAGCAGCAGCAGCAGCAGCAGCAAGCGCCGCAGCAACAGCAGCAUUGCUGCUCUUCCUCCUUUAACUUUUCCUAUUCGUCCUCCUGAUGAAUUAAAUCGAACGUUUCUUAAACCAUUCAGGACAGCAGCAGCAGCAGCAACAGCAGCAGCAACAGCAGCAGAUGAUGCUGCGCUGCAGCAAAAGUCUUUCACAAAACGUCCUGUUCCUCCAGCAGCAGCAGCAGCAGCAGCAGCACCAACAGCAGCAGCAGCAGCAGCAGCAGAAGCAAAGGCUCUGGCUCCUUAUGAGCGUCUUAUCCCUCCGUGUACAGAUGCUGCUGCUGUUCUUGUUGGACAAUCUGCUGCUGCAGCAGCAAUUGCUGCUAUGCAGCAGCAGCUGCUGCUGGAGCAGCAGAUGCAGCAGCAGCAGCAGCAGCAGCAGCAAGCAAGAGGUCGUGUCUUACAUCCAGUAGUUGUAUUAGAUGAUAUAAAAGAACAAAAAGAAAAAGAAGAAAUAAAAGAAAGAAAAGAGCAGCAGCAGCAGCAGCAGCAGCAGCAGCAGCAGAAACAACAACACCAACAGCAGCCGCAGCAACAGCAGCAGCAGCAGCCCAUCAGCAGCAGCAGCAAGAGCAGCACCAGCAGCAGCAGCAGCACCAGCAGCAGAAGGAAGACCCGUGCAGAGAUAGAGAGGGAAGCAGAAUUAUUUCUUGAUCCUCUUCCUCCUCUUCCUGCUGCUGCUGCUGCAGAGCCUGCAACAGCAGCAGAUGCUGCUGCACCUGCAGCAGCAGCUGCAGCAGCAGCACCUCCUGCUGCUGCUGCUGCUGCUGCUCGUGGCAGCAGCUGCAACAUAGCAGAGGCGCAGCAGCUGACGGAUUGCUUCCUUCGUCUUGAAGGAUUUGUUGAUAGAAGCAAGAGGCCACCAAGGCCUGCUGCUGCUGCUGCUGCUGCUGCUGCUGCACCUCGUGCUGCUGCUGCUGCUGCUCCUGCUGCUGCCCCUGCUGCUCCUCCUGCUGCUGCUAAGAAAAGUGUCUCUGAGCUACUUAAGUCAGCAGUUGUUAAGCCACCACCUCCUGCUGCUCCUCCUGCUGCUGCUGCUCCUCCUCCUCCUGCAGCAGCAGCAGCAGCAGCAGCAAAGCCUGUAGAGCCCCCGCCUGUUAUAGAGGUGCCUAAGCCUGCACCAGAGCCUGAACCACCAGCAGCAGCAGCAGCAGCAGAACCAGCAGCAGCAGCAGCAGCAGCAGCAAAAACACCACCUCCUUCUUUGCUUCCUGCUGCUCUUUCUCGGUUGCUGUCUCGUUCUCUUCCUGAGGCUAAUGCAGCAGCAGCAGCAGCAGCAGCAGCAGAAGAGAAGCCUGCUGCUGCAGAGCUUCCUAAGGAGGAGCCGGUGACUCCACCAGCAGCAGCAGCAGCAGAAGAAGCAGCAGCAGCAGCAGAAGAAGAAGAAGCAAAGAAGGAAGAAGAAGAGAAGAUUCCUGCUGAGUCCCCUGCAACACACAGCAGCAGGAGCAGCAGCAGAAGUCCAAGCAGCAGCAGGAGCAGCAGCAGCAGUAGUAUAGGUGCAGCAGAAGAAUCAGCAGCAGCAGCAGCAGCAGCAGCAGCAGCAGCAGCAAAUAGUAUGACUAUACAACCAUUAGAGGGACUAAAAGGAGGAGAAGAAGGACCAGACAAGGAUGGAUGUAUAAUUGCUGCUGCAGAUAUAGAGGAAGGAGCAGCAGCAGCAGCAGAUGAUGAUGAUACAUCAGCAGCAGCAGCAGCAGCAGCAGCAGCAGCAAAUAUACAACAAUUAAAACAAUGGACAAAAGCAGCAAUAAAUAUAAAUAAAAUAAAUAAACUUUAUUAUAAAUUUGCUGCUGCAUACAAGGCAGCAACUAUAAAAACAAGGGUUUAUUGUGUUGUUUUUCAUGAUGGGGAGGAUCUAGAUUAUGUCAUAUUGGCUUCGUACGAUUUCCAUCCUCAUAAUCCUCCUGCUGUUGCUGCAGCAGCAGCAGCAGCAGCAAAAGCAGCAAAAGCAGCAAAAGCAGCAGCAGCAAAAGCAGCAGCAGCGCAACAAGAAAAGGUAGCAUGGUAUGAAUACCUGAAUCCCUUUAGAGCUCGUCGCAGCAACAGGACUAUCAAGGACAUUAACAUCUUCUAG